AUGUCUAUUAAACCAUAUGAAUUGAGCCUCGAAGAGUUGGACGAAUUGGAAGGCACUGAAAUCACUCUCCCUUACUUCAACACUUCGGUGGCUUGGGAAAUUGGCCUGCUUGCUAGACAAUUGGCCCAGGAGUUCAACAAACCAAUUGUCAUUGACAUUACGCUUUCUAGUGGACAAGUUGUGUUUCAUAGUCCCUCCAAACCCGGUUCUGGACUUGACAAUGACUUUUGGAUCAACAGAAAGAAGAAGACUGUGCUUCGUUUUGCCAAGUCUAGUUUCUUUAUGGGCCGCAAAUUGGCUUUCAAGGAGAAGAGUGCCGGAGUGCCCUUAACUUUGGAGUCGACCUUUUUCGUUGAUAGCAGUGAGUAUGCUACCCAUGGAGGCUCUGUUCCCAUUAAAGCUGAUAACUUCGAUGGGAUUUAUGGUGCAUUCACUGUCAGUGGUUUGGCCCAGGAGGAAGACCACUUGUUCGCAUUGAAAGUGUUGAGAGAAAUAAAGGCAAAGUUGAAGUGA